AUGGCGAGGGAGUCGAAGACGGGGACGUCGAUGUGGAUGGGAAUACCAGUUAGGAGCUUCUUGAUGGUUCUGUGCAGUCUUCUGCAUACAUACUGGGUCAUGCCCGUCGUUGGCGGCCAUAGAUACACUCCGUCUACAGCCGUUUUCCUCAACGAGGUCAUAAAGCUCGCAAUCGCCCUCACAGCCGCUCUAUAUGAGCUUUCCUCCACAGCGCACACUUCUACGACCGCUACCUCCCUGUUCAUCACCCUCUCCUCCAAAAUAUUCUCCGGCGAUAGUUGGAAGCUAGCUAUACCGGCCAUAUUCUACACCAUUUCAAACUCGCUUCAAUAUGUGGCGAUGUCCAAUCUAGAAGCUGCACGCUUCCAGGUUACAUACCAGUUAAAGAUCAUUAUAGGCGCAGUGUUUGCCGUGGCGGUCUUGCGCAAGAGUCUCGCCCCUGGGAAAUGGGCGGCCUUGUUCCUUCUUCUGGCCGGCGUGGUCAUCAUGCAUAUACAACUCUCCUCCGACCCAUUGGACCCGGAUAAUCACAAACACGUAAACAUACGCCGUUCACUUUCCGACCUGUCUGAUAUAUUCAUUGGACGGGUCGAGGAUGAAUCCCCUAAGCUGACGAAACGAUCGGCCACAUAUGAAGGCAUAAUUGAAGACAUGAUGCUUGCCCAUCCACGCCUAAAUGGAAAUAUUGGUGUUCUGGCUACUAUAGGAGCUUGCGUUUCUUCUGCAUUUGCCGGAGUUUCCUUCGAAAGGGUUCUCAAGGACAGCUAUACUUCUACUUCAAUCUGGAUUCGCAACGUGCAGCUAGCUAUAUAUUCAAUAUUCCCCGCCCUGUUUAUUGGGGUCAUAUUCACCGAUGGCGAGAAGAUUGCCAAGACUGGUUUUUUCCAGGGCUAUAACUGGGUUGUGUGGGCAGUGAUAGUCUCCCAGGCUAUCGGAGGAAUUGCAACUUCGUUCAGCAUGACCUUUGCAGACAGCUGGUUGAGGCUAGCUCCCGGAGGCAUUAGCAUUGUCUUGAGCACUUUGAUUAGUAUCUGGUUCUUUGAUUUUAGUGCAUCAGCCAACUUUGUCAUUGGUACCGCUAUCGUUCUCUCAGCGAUAUACAUAUUCCUUCCUGGAAUCCAAUCAGGCAAACCCGCUAAUACCUCACGCAUUCCUCCAAUUCGCAUACAUGCAGCAGAGAAACCUUGCAAACCCUCCAAAAUAGAGAUCGACGAGACUCUCUCACCCCCAAAUGACUUCUCUAUCAAGCUACCCACAACUCCACUUUUGAACGAGACUGGAAUCAGUUCCUCCCGGCCUAGUUCCCCCAACCGUCAUCACUCACGAGUUCAUUCCUCUAGAGGAUCCUACUUUCCCAAGCAGGACCGUGAUGCUUGA